UUCUAUGAACCUUUGAUUUAGGAGUCAGUUUUGUUUCGUUUAGAAGCAGGAUUUUCCUGUGAGAAGAAUAACUGUUCCAGGAGAAAACAUGACUUCUCGACCCCCUGAGAGAUAUCCUGAUCCUAAAGAGUUCGACGAGGGUUUGUACAAGACCCUGAGAAUGUUGCCGGAUGGUAAAACCCUGGAUACGGCCUGGGUUCGAUCAAGGAUCUGGGACGGAGCAACGGAUACAAACAUCCCAAAGAACGGAGUAAUCCGAGGUAUGCAAGCUAACAUGUUUCUCCUGGAGGUAUCCGGAGACCAGGAGACCCGAACCUUCCUUGUCAAACGAGUAGUUCCAUCAGAACUUCCAGGAAAAGCUUCAGAGGAUAUUUGGAGAGAGUUUGUGAAGAGUGUAAGAUCUGAGAUUGAUUUUUAUUCAAUUAUUCUUGAACCUGAACACGCAACCAUCAGGAACUUGUUCCCACAAGUAUACUACUCCGCUGGCACACCUAAGGAACUAGAUGUUCGUCCUCAAGAAACAGCUUUUAUCAUUAUUAUGGAGAACCUUUCUCCAAACCAUUACCAAACCCCGAUGAUGAACUUUGACCAGGCUAAACUAGUGAUGACAAGCUUAGCUAAUCUACAUGCACAUUUCUGGAACAAGGUUCAGGACGAAGAGAGAGGAGGGUUUUGGGUUCUUCAGAGAAGACUUAAACAUCAAGAGGUUGAGGUUGCUGAUGAGACCUGGAGACGGUUCCUAGAGAGGUUUCCUCAACUGCGGGAUCAGGUUCAAGAAUCAAACCUAGAGGAUCUCGGCAGACUGAUCAAGGAAAUGGCGCCAUGUUUAGACCAUGUAGUGGAGCAAGGAGCCUGUACUAGAAUUCAUGGAGAUGCUAAAGGUUGGAACUUGUUCUUUGGUAAAGAUGGAUCUGAAGAGAAGAUAUUGUUCAUUGAUCUCCAAUGGACAGGACGAGGACAUCCUCUUCAGGAUGUAGCGUAUGCGUUGACAACUACACUAUCACCUGAAAGUCUGCAGAGGAUGGAUGAUCUGGUAGAUUUUUAUAUUCAAGUUCUCCAGGAUGAAUUGUCAAAAAUAGGAGAAAUCCUCCCUCCGGGUUUAAGAGACUCCUACAACCAGGUUUGGUUGGACUACGCAAGGGUUGUAAUCACUGGUCUUUGGAAGAACUUGAACCAGACCUCUAUAGAAUCCAACAAAAGUAAGGUUGGUCCAAGUAUGAUCAACAGAAGCUGGGAACAUGUUCUCUUCAUAACAAGACGAAUCUCAAGAUUAUUGAAUACUUAAAAAUGAACAAAUAAUUCAGAUCAUUCCGAACUAUUCAUGUUCACUCGUGUAACAUUCUUCCUAAAAUAAAUUUUAAAAAAAAUAA